AUGAAGAAUUAUAAUUCAAAUAGUAGUAGGAAUAAAUACAAAGGAGAAAAUAAUAAUUAUAAUAAUCAUUAUAACAGUUUUAAUUAUUAUAAUAAUUAUAAUAAUAAUAAUAAUAAUAAUUUAUCGUCUUACUAUAAAAAGAAAAAUAAAUAUGGGAAAAACGCGUACGAAAAUGAUUAUGUGAAAACAAAAGAUAAACCAAAAAAUAUAGAAGAAAAUGUUUAUAAAAAGUAUGGUAGUUAUAAAAAAGAAGAUAAUAAUCAUUUAAAAACAUUAAAUGAUAAAGAUAAUAAUAUUCUUGAAGAUGUAGAUAAAAUUAAUAAUAUAACUUUCGGUUAUACGGCAAAUUCAGAAAGUGAUUUUAAUUAUUUGAUGAAUAAUAAUUUAAUUGAAAAUGAAAAGAAAUUAUUCAAAAUGAGCACUUUAGAAAAAAACAACCUGAACUGUUCAGAAUUCUUGAAAUCACAAGAAAAUAAAUUAAUUGACGAAAAUAUGAAUUUAAUGAGAAAUAAAGUAGAAAAGGAAAAAUUAAAUAUGAAUGAUAAUGUUAAAUAUAUAUCGAAUGAUAAAAAUAUGUCCUAUGUGAAAAAUGUGAAAAAUUUUAAAAAUGUGCCUAUUUUGAAAAAUGAAAGGUAUAUUAAAUAUGACGAGCAAAAUGACCAUUCAUUUGUAAGUAAUAAUAACAAUAAUAAUAACAACAAUAAUAAUAACAACAAUAAUAAUAACAAUAAUAAUAAUAAUAAUAACAUUAAUCGUAUUAAUAAUAUUCAUAAUAAUAAUCGUCCUAUGGAUAAAAAUGAUACGAAUAAUAAAGAAAGCGAUGAUUUGUUUUGUUUUAAUAAGAGAAUGUCAAACUUAACUAAUUUAAUAAAUAAAGAUCUUUUUUUCUCAAAUGAAAAUGAAGAUAUGAAUGAUAAAUUACAAGAUAAUUCAAAUGAUGGAUUGUAUGUUGAAGAAGAUCAUGAUAAUGAUAAUUAUCAGGGAUCUUCCUUAAAUGUUGAACCAUUUAAUUUUACGAUUACUGAGAAUAUAAAAGAUAUAAGUAAUAUAAGUAAAAAGAAUUAUAUAAAUAUAGUUAAAAAAACGUUUGAAGAAAAGGAGGAAAUGUUAUACAAUAAUAAUAAUAAUAAUAUGAUGUCAUAUGAACAUAUAAGAGAAAAACAACAAAAUCAUGAAUAUAAAAAAUUAGAUUCAUCAGAAGUUAGUAAAUCUUAUUUAUUAAGUAAUUUUGAACAAACACAUAAUUAUCCAUACGAUGGGAAGUAUAAAAAAUAUGAAAACUAUGGAAAUCUGGAGAGUUUACCAAAUGAUGAAUAUAGGAAUAUUUUAAAUGUGCAACAUUUAAAUUCAAAUUAUAAUAAAUGGGAACAAGAAAAGGAUAUUCUAUAUGAAGAAAGUGAAUCAUCUAAUGAAAAAUUUAUGAAUAAUGACAAUAUACAAAUGAAUGAAUAUCACUUCAACAACAAUAAUAAUAAUAAUAAUAAUAAUAAUAUAUCUAUAAAUGAUUUGAGUGAAUAUAUUAAUGCCAUGAGUGGUAAUAAUGUUAACAAAUUAAAUUACAUAAAUAAUAUUUCAAAUUGUUAUAAUAAUAUAAAUGAUAUUUAUGAUAUGUCCAAUAUAAUGAAUAAUAUGGAUAACAUGAACAAUAUGGAUAAUGAGAACAACAUGAAUAACAUGAAGAAUGUGAACAGUAUGAACAAUAUGGAUAAUAUGAACAGUAUGAACAAUAUGGAUAAUAUGAACAGUAUGAACAAUAUGGAUAAUGUGAAUAAUAUGGGAAAUUUUAAAGAUAUUGAUAAUAUGAAAAAUAUCAAUAUAUGUAAUAUUAAUAGCUUAAGUAAUAUAAAAAAUUUGAGAGAAAUGUUAAACUCGUGUUAUAUGAACGACAUGAAUGAAGAUGAUGAUUACAUACACAAGAGUAACAAAAUAACUAGCCUUCUUAAUGAAUAUAAAUUAAACAAAAACGAAUUGGAUGAUGAUUUUAUUUUAAAUAUGAAUCAAAAAAAUGGAUUUAAUGAUAUAUCAGAAAAUUAUAACAUAAAUGAUGAAAAAUAUAAUGAUCUAAUAAGUUUAUUAAAUAAAUAUAAAUUAGAGGAAUAUAAAGAUAUGAAUGAAUUAUUUAAUGAUGAUAGUAUUGUGAAUAAAGAAAAAACCAAAAUAAAUGAAUUAAUAUAUAAUAAUAAUAAUACCUUUGUUAAUAAUAAUGAUUCUUUUGUUAAUAUGAGAAAUAAUAAUACCACAUUUCAAAUGAUGAACCAUCAUAAGAAUGAAUUAAAAUUUGAUGAUUAUAUAUUAAGGAGUAAAUUAGAUGAAGGAGAUUUUUAUUUAAAUAAUAAUCUUAAAAACAUCGGAAAAGAAAAGAAAAAUAUGGAAAUGGAGAAGAGACAAGAAGAAGAAGAAGUUUUUGUGAUAAGUGAAAAUGGAGAUUUGAAUUUAAACAAAUCAGCAGAUUUGAAUGUAUUAAAUAUGUUAAAUGAAUAUUAUUUAAAUGAUAAAUCACGAGAUUUUAUGUUAAUUGAAAGUAAUAAAGAUAUGAUAUCGGAAUUAAGGGACAAGGAGUUAAGAAAUGAAUAUCACCAUAGGGAGAAAAUGGAUGAUAAAAAUGAUGAUAUGAAUAAUAUGAAUAAUAUGAAUAAUAUGAAUAAUGUGAAUAAUAUGAAUAAUAUGAAUAAUGUGAAUAAUAUGAAUAAUAUGAAUAAUGUGAAUAGUAUGAAUAAUAUGAAUAAUAUAUAUAGUAAUAUAAAUAAUGUUCAACUUAAUGUACGAAAUAAUUUUUAUAAUGCAAUCCCUUCAGCAGAAAAUAAAGAGGAAAUAUAUUACAAAGAUAAAAUAAUGCAAAAUUAUAUGAAUAUUGAUGGUAAGAAGAAUAAUAUAAAUGAUAAAAGUAUGAGUAAAAAUAAUAAUAAUGUCAAUAAUAUGAAUAGUAUGAACCAUUUAAAUAAUAGACAUAAUGUUAUGAACGAUAUGAAGAAUAAGAAUAAAGUGUCAACCAAUUUUCCAAACCAUAAUCAUCCAAUAAAUAUUAAUCGUCAGAAUAGAAGUUAUGAAAAUAAUAAUGUAGGAAAUAAAAAGAAUAUAAAUAUAUCAAUGAAUAUUAUGAAUGAUAAUGUAAGCAAAAAUGUAUCUAUGGGAUAUUUAGAAAAAUAUGAUCAAAAAAAUUAUUAUUAUAAAAAUUAUGAAAGGACAAAAAAUAAAAAUAAUAACGUGAAUCAUAUUAAUAAUAAAGGUAAUGGUCAAAAUUUUGUAAAGAUGGAAUAUGAUAAAUCCAAUAGUUAUAAUAAUAACAAUAAUUUGAAUAUACUUAUAAAUAAUAAUAAUAAUAAUAAUAGUUAUUUUCAUAUGAACACCUUAGAAUUUAAUAAUUCGAAGGAAUACAACAUGUCAGAUGAAAAUUUUAUAAUGAGAUUAAAAAGAAGUAAUAUGCUAAAAUUUACCAAUUUUUUAAAAACAAAUUAUAAAGAUUCAAAUAUUAUUGAUUUGAAUGAACCUUUAUAUAAUUAUUAUCGUUUUAUGAAUAAAAUAAAUGCAAAUAUUAAACAAAAUAAUUAUCUCAUAAAAUAUAAAAAUAUUAUGAAUCAAAGUGAUAAAGAUAAAUUAUUAAAAAUUCAAUUGUCCUAUAUGAUCAUAAAUCCAUCCAUACAAAAAAAUAGUGGGAAAUGGAAUUUUAAAAAUGAAGAUAAGGAUAAAGAAAUAAAUACAAUAAUGAAUAGUGAUCAUUCUGAUCAUAAUGAUGAGAAACAUUUAAAUCAUAAAAAUUAUGAUAAUUAUAAUAAAAGGUUUGAUGAUAAUGUUGAUAAUGAUGAUGAAGAUCAGGGGUUAAAAAAUCUUAAAAAAUAUGAAAAUAUUAUGCAACUUUUUAAAGAAGGAAAUGUGUUUAAUAAUUUAGAAAAUAAAGAAUGUUCUCCCAUAUUAGAAAAUAAUAAUAUUAAUACAUUACAAUAUGAACAAGAUUUCAACAAUAUAUAUUAUUUUAAUCCUUUAGAUUAUAAUAAAAAUAUACCAAUUAACGAAAACCAUUAUCUUGAUAUAAAUAUUAAUAAAUUAUUAAAUUUUUCAAAAUUAAAAGAUGAAAAGAAUAAUCAAAAUGAUGUUAUAAAAAAAGAUACGAUUCUUAGUAAUGAUCCUUAUGAUAAUAACAUAUUUAACAAAGAUAUUAAUCAUUAUGCUCAUAUUUUAAAAGAUGGAAAAGAAGUAGGAGAUAACGAAAAUUUAUUAAAAAUGCAAACGUCAGAAAAAUCGAUGUUACAACAUAAAAAUAAUGAACAGGAAGAUCUUUUAAAAAAGGAUAAUUAUUUAAAUAAAUUAAUGAUAGAAAAAAAAAAAAAUCAAGAUUUGUGUAAAUAUGAAAAUAUUAAUAAACUAGGAAAAUUUGUUUUUGCUACAGUACAUGAACCAAGAAAUUUAAUUACCUUAAUAAAAAAUAAAGAUAUAGAUGAUCAUAAUGUAAUUAUAGAAAAGGUUAGAAAAUUAAUAGAAAGUGAAAUAUAUCAUGAAGAAAAAAAUCAUAUUGUAAAUAAUGAUGCUUCCAUAAAAAAAAAAAAGGAUAAUGUUAUUAAUACUUAUAAUCAUAUAUAUAAUGUGGACAAAAAAAGUAAUGAUAAUUUAUGUAAAGACCUUACGUAUGAUGGAAAAGGUGAAAAUGGGAAAAAUAUAUCUUUUACAUGUAAGAAAAAAUAUAACAAUAUUAUUAUAAAAAAAAUGUUAGAAAAUUUAUGGGACUUAUAUAUAGAUAUUAAAAAUAUAUAUAAAGAUAUUGAUAAAUGUCCAUAUACACAUAUUGAAACCAUAAAUAAAUAUAAUGAAGAAAUUAAGAAAAAAAAAAAUAAUAUGUUUCAAUUUAUAUUUUUAAAUAAAAUUAGUGAUAAUACAAUAACAUCUUCUAUAAAAUCAAUAGUUGACAAUAAUCAUAUGUUUUUAAAAAAAGAAAAUAUAACCAAUUUAGAUAUUAUAAUAAAUAAGUAUAUUUAUUUAUAUGUAACGGAAAUAUUAAAAUCUGAUAUGGAGGAGCAAUUAUCUACUGAGUCGUAUUUUCCAAAUAUGGAUAGCUUGAUAAAAAGUUUAAAUUUUGUUAAAUGGAAAGAAAUAAAAGAUCAUAUGAAUGUAAACAAAAACGUAAGUACAAAUACAAAUAUAAAUGUAGAUAAAAAUGGUUUAAGUAAAAAUAAUGAUGAUUCAUCUAUCGGAUUGAGUAAUACAAAUCAUAUUUUAUCAAAUGAUAAUUCAGAAAAAGGGAAAGAAAAUCAAAAGAAAAAAGAAAAAACAAAAAAAAAAACAGAAACAGAUACAGAUACAGAUACAGAUACAGAAACAAAAAAAAAUAUAUCCAAUGAAGAGAAUAGUGGAGAUGUUAAAAAUAAUAUAUGUAAUUUAUUUUUAUAUAAUUUCCCAUAUCAAAACAAUAUAAAGGAAUUGAAUAGUUAUAAUAUGUUUGGUAAAAUAUUAUUAUAUAAUAACAAAUAUAAUUAUUUUAAUUUUGAUAAAUAUAAUAAUUAUGAUAUAUUUUUACCUAUAUCUAAAGAGGAAAAGAAAAAGAAAGGAUUUUUCUUUUUUAAAGGAGGAAACAAUAAUAACAAGAUAUGUACAAGUACAAAAGAUAAUGAUGAUGAUUAUAAUAAUGGUAAUAAAAAUGAUGAUAGUAAUAAUAAUAUAAACAAUAUUAAAGUUCAUAAUCAUAUUGAUAUAUUAGAUAUUGAUAAAGAUCAAAUUAACGAAGAAUUAAUACGUAUAAAAUGUUCUUAUUAUAUAUUUGUACACAGUUUACUAAGAUAUAAAGGUGCAUCUGUAUAUAAAAAAAUAUUUAAAGUUAUAAAAAAGAAAAAAAGAAGAACAUUAAUAUAUACCUUUUUUACGAAUUUCUUUUUAUUAUAUUAUAUAUUAUAUCAUGCUGAUCAAUGUUUUGAUAACAAGUUAGAAUAUGAAGAAUUUUUAAAGUUACAGUUAUUACAUAUUAAUUCAAAUAUUAAUACUAUUCAUAAAUUAUUAAAAAAUGAAAAAGAACAAAAUAAAGUUAUAAAAUAUCAAACAAAUAUUUCCAAUAAUGAAAAUAAUCAAUCACUAUUAAAUAUUAGAUAUAAAUUAUAUAGUACAAAUAUAUAUACCUCAUUAUAUAUAUAUCUAAUCGAUAUUUCAUUAUCUUAUUUGUUUACCCCCAAUAUGGGAAUAAGUUAUAUGCAGGAUAUUUUAUCCUUAUUCCUUUUUUAUAAUUAUAUAUGUUUAUACCUAACAAAAAUUUUAUUGUACAAGAGUGGCGGUGCUUUAAUAACCAUAUUAUUGGUAAAGAUAAUUCCAUAUGUCAAGGAAUUUGAUAGAAAUUUGAUAAUAUGUUUUCUAUAUUCUGUAUUACAUAGUAUAUUUUAUAUUAUGUGUAAUAUAUUUUUGUACAACUUGGAAAAAGAGAAGAAGAUCUUCCAAGGAUCAGAAGUGGAUCUGUAUGUAAAAGUAUUAUCAAGUUUAACAAACGAGAUUGAAUUUUAUAAAAUUAUUUACAAGAGUGUAUGUAGUUAUUCUCAUCAAGAUACAUUCUAUGAAGAAGAAAUAAUGGCAAUGUUGAGGGAUCUUAGUAAGGAUGAUAUUGUAAAGGUGAUCAUGAGUCAUUUACAGAAAUGA